UGCCUAGGCGAGAAAUGUACAGAAAAAAAAGCUCAGUGCAGUGGAAGUAUAUAAGUGUACGAAGCGAAAUAUAAGAAUGCGUAGUGAAGUAUAUAAAGAAGUACCAGGAGGACCUAAGAAGCGAUACAAAGCUGAACAGGUCAAAAGAAGAAGAAGAAGAGGGUUGGCAGCCCUGAGUGUCACGUAAACACUGUCACAGGCGGCGAUGAAGGUUGGUGGCUCGUGCGUGUGUUCCCCCUGACAUUUAUUGCCACGAAGACAGUAGAGUGAUGGAUACACGGACAGAAAGUCGCUCAGGGUAAAUGAUGCGCUACCAUGACUCGAGGGAGGCGACUUGCCCUGGGCAUCUUUGUUCUCCUUUUGGUGGACAUUAUUUGGGUUGCUUCUUCAGAACUCUCAGAGUAUAUCUUCAAUGAUGCUGGCUUUAAUAAACCCUUCUUCAGCACCUACUUGAAGACCAGCAUGUUUUCUCUCUACCUUUUGGGCUUUAUCUUCUGGCAGCCAUGGAGACAUCAGUGUUCUCAUACUAGUCAUGAGGAGUGUAUAUACCAGGAAGUUGAUAUAAAUGGGGAUGAAGAGGACCCACUCUCUCCUGAAAGUCGGCAUCUGAGUGAGCCUAGCUAUGUCCCCCUCAAACUGCAGGAGUCCCAAGAGAAGAGCUCAGAUGGGGAGAGUGAUGACUCAUCUGUUAAGUCCGUCCGUUUCAGUAAGCUGACUGAGGUGCGGCAGAUGUCUGAAUCUGAUGCAGUGGAUGCCAUGUUGUCCCGCCUGUCUUUCUCUGCUUCCAUUCGUGCAGAGCAGUUGGCUCUUCAAGAAGCCAACAAGUUAUCUAUCAAGCAAGUGAUGAAAGUUUCAUGCAUAUUUUGUUUACUGUGGUUUGCAGGAAACUAUGCUUACCAGAUAGCUCUUAGCGACACUGAAGCAGGUGUUGUUAAUGUCAUUUCCUCAGCUUCUGGUCUCUUCACUCAUCCUUGCUGCCAUCUUCCCAUCAACAGUUGCAGACAAGUUUACUAUCUCCAAACUAAUCUCAGUUCUCCUUAUGGUCCUUGGUGUGAGUUUGCUUAG